AGAUGGCAGCUUCCUAUGUUGAGCAAGAGACGCAGACGAUUCAGUCACGCGGAAAGUAGCAGAGCGCGCGUUUUUACACAAGACGAAACUGUGGACUUGCAAUCGUUCCUUCCAAAUCGCAUGAAGAGCACGAGAAAGGUGGACAUUAUAAACAAGGAGACAUAGCUAUAAUAAGAAAUCCUAAGAAAUCACUUUAGAAUCGGGAUACACUUUAGCAUCACAACAUCCAAAGACAACUCGGCUGUGUUGGCGAGAGGUAGUGUCCGUCAUGCAGCACUAUGGAGUGAACGGCUACUCUCUCCACGCGAUGAACUCCCUGAGCGCCAUGUACAACCUGCACCAGCAGGCCGCGCAACAGGCGCAGCACGCGCCAGACUACCGACCUUCAGUGCACGCGCUCACCCUAGCUGAGAGACUUGCUGACAUCAUCCUGGAGGCUCGCUACGGGUCCCAGCAUCGCAAACAGCGCCGGAGCCGCACCGCGUUCACGGCACAGCAGCUCGAGGCACUGGAGAAGACUUUCCAGAAGACCCACUACCCCGACGUGGUGAUGCGCGAGCGCCUUGCCAUGUGCACUAACCUUCCCGAGGCCCGUGUGCAGGUGUGGUUCAAGAACCGCAGGGCCAAGUUCCGCAAGAAGCAGCGCAGCCUGCAGAAGGAGCAGCUCCAGAAACAGAAGGAGGCCAACGGAGAGGGAGGUGACAAGGAGGAGGCUCCCACCACCAUCACUCCAGAGAACCAGCUCCCCCCAUCCUCCUCCUCUUCCUCCUUGGAGGUUGAGGGUCCGCCCCGUCCAUUGGUGUCGGAAAUUAGCAUGGAGUUAAACGUGACCUCGGCAGAACAGUCGGGCUGCGAGUCGGCCACCGAGGACAACGCUACCGAUAAGGAGGAGGAGUCUAAGCCACAGAGGGAGGAGCUCAAGAGUGAGAGGGCGAUGACGCCAGGCAACGUCUCGCCACCCUGCAGGCGGCUUAGUCCCAAACCCGAAUCCCCCAUGGUCUCCCCGUCUGUGACGCCCUCGUCCAUUGGUGUCAGUGGUGGGAUCUCCCAGAGCCACUCCUACUCCUCCUCCCCGCUCAGCCUCUUCCGCCUGCAGGAGCAGUUCCGCCAGCACAUGGCUGCCACCAACAACAUGGUGCACUACCCUUCCUUCGACAUGAGCACCCCCUCCUCCCUGCCCUACCUGGGCAUGAACGUCAACAUGUCCCCGGGACCGCUGGGCUCCCUGCCCUGCCAGUCAUACUACCAGUCCCUGUCCCACCACGCGGCCCAGCAGGUGUGGAACAGUCCCCUGCUCCAGGCCUCCGGAGGCCUCCCCAACCACAACAGCAAGACCACCAGCAUCGAGAACCUCCGGAUGCGGGCCAAGCAGCACGCAGCCUCCCUGGGACUGGACACGCUGCCUAACUGAGCCACAGGAUCUGAGUGCGGCCUAGCAGGGGCAUCAAUCCCACCCAUCCCAUGUCUGUAACCUCUGUAGUCCUGUAGGAAUCAUACCCUCCAGCAGAGGGUUUAGGGACAUUGGUAGCCAGAGUUUAGAAAACCAAAAUCAUCUCACCCUGGACCGAGUUCUCUCCAGCUUCUUGCUUUAUCAGUUGCCUAAUUUCUGGCUUUCCACACAGCAGAGUGAAACACAACAAAGCACGCAUAAAAAAAGAAUACUUAUUUGACCAACAACACCUGAUGAGUCUAGGUAUUCCUUACUCUUAUGCUGCUUUUCGACUAACACCAGCGUUACACUAGUGUAUACACCCUUAUGUUAUACUAGGGAAAUUGUGUUUCCAUAGCUAGGGCUGACAGUGAGGACUUGUUAAGAGCAGAAU